CCAGCAGGCGGGUCGUGGUGGUGUCAAACGCGCGAUCUCUUUCGCUGAACGCUGGCACUUGGUCUUUGGUCCUACCAGCGAGAGUCAGAACUGUGAUUCACUGUGCCUGUUAUCAACCAACGUAUGUUUGGAUAUCUUAUCCCACUUCAGUAACACUUCAACCGUAGAGAUUCCCCACACAUCCUGAGACUGUUACUGUGACACUGGACUGCAGAGGGAGAGGAGGACAGUGCAGCACAAGGUGAGACAGAGGAAGCCAGGUCCGGUCUGUAGUCGGGGGGCUCGGUCAGAGGGGAGCGUAUGAGGAGGAGUCAGAGAGCAGAGGAAACCCCUGACCUGUCCUGACAACACAGAGCUGCCCCGGCAACGCACCAGGGUCACACAAGGAGACAAACGCGGAGCCCCCACUCCUCCUGCAGGCAUGAGGUCCUUCCGUUCAUUCAGUAAUGAUGACCGUCACGUCAUGGCCAAGCACUCCUCCAUCUACCCAUCAUCGUCUGAGCUGGAGUCAGUCCAGACCCUGGUGUCCACCGUGGAGGGUGCCCUCAAACACGUCUCUGAUUGGAUAGACCAGAGCAACGUCCAAUCAGUGCAGAGCAGCAGCCAGACAGACGCAGCAACCGGCCAGACAGACGGCCAGACAGAAGCAGGAGUCAGCCUGACAGACGGCCAGCCCAACCCCACAGAUAGCCCAGUGACAGAGGAUGGUAGCGGUGACCAUGAUGGUGACCUUAACCCUAACGACGACCCCAGUGUUAGUCCCAGAGCCAGCCCAGAUGACUCCACAGACGGCAGCAGCAGCGAGCCCAGUGGAGGUGUUCUGUGUGGGGUGAUGAGGAUCGGCCUGGUGGCUAAAGGUCUGCUCAUCAAACAGGACAUGGACCUGGAGCUGGUGCUGAUGUGUAGAGAGAAACCUACAGAGACACUGCUGUGUACUGUCUGUGAUAACCUGCCCCUGCAGAUACAUAAGCUAACAGAGGAGAAGUACGAGGUGCACCGAUGCGUGCCAGAGGCGGCCAUCUUGGUGUGUAGCACGACGGAGCCCAAACUCACCCUGAAGGUCACCCUCAGCUCCCCACAGAUGAGAGAGGACAGUGACACGGAUGAACAAGUGGAGGGUGUUGAGCUGGCUGACCCUACAGACAUGCUGGACAGGCACAGAUGCCUGUUGGCCCUGGCGGCUCUGCGACAUGCCAAAUGGUUCCAGGCCAGAGUAAAUGGGUUGAAGUCGUGUGUCAUCAUCCUCAGGAUCCUGAGAGACAUGAGCAAUAGACUACCAGCCUGGGAACCACUCAAAGGAUGGCCCCUGGAGCUGAUCUGUGAGAAGGCCAUAGCCACGUGUAACCGGCCGCUGGGUGCAGGGGAGGCCCUCCGUAGAGUCAUGGAGUGUCUCGCCUCAGGAAUCCUGCUCCCAGGAGGACCAGGGUUACACGACCCAUGUGAGAAGGAGCUGACCAACACCCUGACGGCCAUGACAGACGAGGAGGCUGAGGCCAUCACCUACAACGCACAGCACGCUCUGAGACUGAUGGCGUUCGGUCAGAUCUACAAGGUGCUGGAGAUGGACCCUUUGACCUCUAGUAAACCCCAGAAGUACCCCUGGUCAGACAGGGAGGGCUCCGGGCUAAAGAGGCCUUACGAGGACAGGCCCAUGGACGACAAAGACCUCAUCAAGAAGAUGAAGAGGAACCUGAGGAAAGUCCUCGACAGCAAAGCAAUAGACACCAACCAACCAAUGAAUGCUCUGAUGCGUCUGAAUCAGAUACGUCCAGGUCUGCAGUACAAGCUGCUGUCCCAGUCCGGCCCGGUCCACGCUCCUGUCUUCACCAUGUCUGUAGACGUAGACAGCACUGUGUACGAAGCCUCAGGCUCCUCAAAGAAGACCGCCAAGCUGCAUGUUGCUGUGAAGGUCCUUCAGGCGAUGGGUUACCCCACUGGGUUUGAUACGGACCUGGACUGCAGUGCAGACGAGAAGUCGGACGGAGAGGGGAAGAGUGAAUCGUCCACACACAGCAAUAACACAACGCACUCAGACAGCUCAAAUACACUGGAGGUCCGAACUCAGGGUCCUAUUCUGACGGCCAGUGGUAAGAACCCCGUCAUGGAGCUCAAUGAGAAACGCAGAGGUCUGAAGUACGACCUCAUAUCAGAGAGCGGGGGCAGCCAUGACAAACGCUUCGUCAUGGAGGUGGAGGUGGAUGGUCAGAAGUUCCGGGGGGCGGGGCCUAAUAAGAAGGUAGCGAAGGCAUCUGCUGCGUUGGCUGCUCUGGAGAAACUCUUCUCUGGUCCCAACGCCACCGCCAUCAAGAAGAAGAAGAUCAUCCCUCAACACGCUACGAAAGGUUCCCUAGCUGCAGUGGUGGCAGCCUCAGCAGUAGCAGCCCAGGUGGCCAGGGGGAGAGGUAGAGCGGCAGCCCUAACCAGAGGAGCCUUCAUUACCACAGCCGCUGCACCAGGAUACACACAGAUACCAGGCUUCGGGACUCCAUAUGGAUACAGUGCUGCAGCCGCCCCAGCCUACGGUGGUCUUUUCAUUGACAAUCCCUUUUACCAGCCUCGGACCAUCGCACCAUUUAUUAUUCACUUGGGUCCUCAAGAUCUCUUCUCUGACUUCUAGAACCAUGAGGUUGUGUGGCUUCUAAACUGUCUGACUACAGUACUGCUCCAGGCUUGACUUUUGACCCAGCAGGCUGUCUGUCUGUCUCCCACCAUAAUGUACAGAGCCAGCGAGCGGUCAAACUGAACUCCUCUCACUCUGUUCUGUCUCCUCACGACCCAAAUCAAAGGAAACCUAAAAAAGCAAUAUUUGAUUUGACUUUUUUUAAUCUCAGCUGCAUCAAAACUAAAGGCUGAGGACCUUGAUCUUUGGGUCUCUUUCUUAUAUAGCAAUACGACACCUGAACUUUUUUGGCUUCAAGCUUACUUGAGAUGAUGAUGUGAAUGUUCAAUUGAGUCUUAUCCAAGCACAGCAUUGCAAUAUGUCACUUCAAUUGUAUAUUCACUGUGUGUGUAUGUGUGGCUAUACCAUGGAAUAUAUGCAUAUAUAUGUAUGGUAUAAGUUUCUAUAAAUAUAUAUUACAUGUGUUGAUACUAUUUAUGAUGUACAAAUGUAAAUUUAUGAUAUACUUAUUGUUGGUAUAAAUUAUUUUAGAAAGUUAAAUGUAAUCACAAUCCCACAAUAUAGAUUUCUUCUUCUUCCAGUUUUAUAUACACUGAGCAAUUUACUUUACUCUAGUAGUAGGACAUGCAAUAUGAAACCUGUUUCUUAAUUAACCUGUGCUUAUAGAAUAGCUAAGUGAUUUUUCCUUCCUUCCGUUCACCUCGAUGUCUUCUCGUCUGAGCCUUUCGCUAGCACGGCCUAGUCAGAGGCGCCUGCUCACUCGCUCAACCUUGCCACCCUACCCCCCCCUCUACCACACAUACGUACUGCACAUACACACAUGCGCACACACUUCCUGUGUGACAUCACAAACACACAACCUCCUGUUGACUGCCUGUCAGAAAGCACACUUUUCUCAGUGGAACAUUUCUCACUGCACCACUGUCUCUCUGCUCACAGGGUAUCCUGUACUGGACUGUACGCUUUGUCCUUUUAAUACGCUGGGUGUGUUGGGCAGCUAGAGUAACUGAACACAGAAACCCCCUUCUAGACGGGACCAACCAUGGUCCUCUGUCUCUCUGGCCUACAGCAGAACGUGGGACCAAAAGCACAGUUCACAGUUUGUCAGCUUGUAAAGGUGGUGGGUGGCCCAGUUACUUUACCCUCCCCCCACCCCCCCAUGCUACUCAGACAAACCAACACACAGGGCUUAUUGCUGUCAACACCUUGUCACAAUGGAACAGUCCAACCACUCAUUGAUUAAUGGCUACAUCAAAUUAAAUGGAUACUCCGACAUUAUGUACAUUAUAUCUCUACUGUAGAAAGACUGUCAGGACCCAGUCAUUUCAUAACCCCCAGCUUUGCAUUACCCUCUCUAGUAUAUCUAUUUAUAUACUAUAUGGUAUACUACACUUCAGGGAUAUAGGGUGAAACCAUAGUAAACUGUAGUUGAUAUGAGUUUGUGUGGGGUUAAGUUAGUGUAUGGUGGUGAUGAUGGUGAACUGCAGUGCCCAGCAAGAUUACCAACUCAGCAUCAAGGCCAUAUUACCUGGUCUUGAAUAAGUGGGCAACCUAUAUCAGGAUUAAUCACAACAUUCGUCCUAUAUCCAAAUUAAUCACAAAGUACAGGAUCAGAUAAGGUAUAUUAUUGUUUUUUAUCUUAUUUAUAUAAAAGCUGCUAACAUAAUGUUCAAUCAUCCCCAAAUCAACAUUUCACUAGUACAUUCUGUAAUAUCAAAUUUUUUCCCAUAAAGUUGCACUAUGCAGAAAUCACACUGGCAUUUCCUGGUUGCUAAAAGUCUAAUAGUUCGCCUAAUUUCAG